GCUAGCGGCGGUAGGUGGGGACGUGGCGGAGUCCGCAGCGCCGCCGGGAGAGGGUGGAACGGGGCCCGGCCCUGCGUGCUCCGCCCUGCUCGUGCUGUCCCGGGUCCGGACGGGGCUGGUGUCUCCGUGGGUGUACGCCGGGGCUGAGGGGGCAAUGGUGCCGGUAGCGGAGCGUCCCGCUGAGGCGCGCCGCCUCCUGGGGACCCCGGGCCUGGCGUGAGGAGCCUCGCAGGGCCUGGGGGAGGCUACCAAGAGAGAGCUGUUCCCAGCUCCACACCCCCCUUAGUGUUUUCAAUAAGGGCGCGAUGUGGGAAUAAGAGAGCCCCAGGUCCUGCCCCCCACAGCAAUAAGCUGGCUGAGUUUUCUUCCUCCUGUGGGAAGGGGUGGGGAAAGGAAGUUUUAAGGUUCAGGCUUGCUCGGCAUCUCUGGGCGCUGGCUGCGUUUGACAGCUUGCAGGGCUUAUAGCAAGAUCAAAGCCCUGGCCCAGCAUCGCAUCCCCGCAGCAGCUCCCAACAGAGGCACAGGGAAACCUGUGAGGAGAUGGUUAUGCUCCCUCGGGGGCUCUGCUGAAGUCUGUCAGUCCUUUCCUGGGGCAAGGUAUACUGUGCAGCAGGUCUGUGGAAAAAACAACAAAACAACUCCUUUUGGUUUCAAACCUGCCUCCUGCUAGUUCUGUUUGAACUCCAACUCGUGUGUUUGAAGAGGCACUAGGCAGUCUCCCUCAUCAACUUUUCUUUCUGCCACACCUGAAUUGAUAAGCUUUUCUCACAUUCCCUCUCAACUGUGUUCUCCAGCCUGGAAGAUUGCAAACAGUUUAGUUUUUCCUUAUUUGAAAGCCAUUCCCUAUCCCUUUCGCUGAAGCUACAUUGCAUGUCUUCUGGGAUAAUGGGCACUGCAAGGUUUAUUUCUUUCAAAAGGUGCUAAUUUCGGGAAUAAGGCUUUGAAAUUCCUACCCAUGAAGCUGAAAGUUGCCUUUGUCUGGGAUCAAAAUUCUUUACCAGCAGAUUUUAAAAACUAAAGGAAGAUGUCUUUUUUCCCCAAAAUCUCUUUCCAGUGUGAGGUUGAAGAGUAUCUUACCAAAGUUUUCAGAAACAAUGAGCUUGUCACUGCUUUAGGAACCCAGGAGGCAGAAUGUAAAUAUCAAUCUCUGUUAAGUCGUCUAUCUCAUCCACCAAGUUUCACCACUGUUAGAGUUAAUACCCACUUGGCCUCAGUGAAAAACGUGAAAAAAUUGCUGUUUGAAGAGAUCCAGAAGCAAUUUAAAGGAUUAUGUGUUCCAGUUCUUGAGCACCCAAAACUCCAGGACAUCUUAUUAAUUCCUGUCAUUGGACCCAGGAGAGAUUUAAAAAAACAUGCAUCUGAAGUCAUUGUUGGAGCCCAGUGUGGAUAUGCAGUACUUCGAGGAGCACAUGUUUAUGUCCCUGGAAUCAUAUCUGCCUCAAGAUUUAUGAAAGCUGGAGAUCUGGUCUCAGUGUAUUCAGAUAUUGAAGGGAAAUGUAAAAGAGGAGCCAAAGAAUUUGAAGGAGUCAAAGUUUUCCUUGGAAAUGGGAUUUCAGAACUGAGUCGCAGUGAAAUCUUUAGUUCCAGUUGCCCAUUGAAUGGAAUGGGCGUAAAAAUGAUAGAGCCAGUCUACCUUAGUCCUUCGUUUGACAAUGUGCUUCCUAGUAAUUUGUUUUUACAGAACUUGCCUUCUGUGGUUGUGAGCCAUAUUUUAAACCCUCAACCAGGAGAAAGAAUUUUGGAUAUGUGUGCUGCACCAGGAGGAAAAACAACCCAUCUUGCAGCAUUAAUGCAUGACCAGGGUGAAGUAAUAGCCAUGGACAAGACAGCUAACAAGGUCAAAAAAAUUAAGCAGAACGCUGAAUUGCUACAGUUGAAUUGCAUUAAGACUUUUUGCUAUGAUGGAACAAAGGCACUUUCAGUUGAGAAGAGAGAGGAUGAACAAGAUGGACCUCCAUUCUCACCAGAGUCAUUUGAUCGAAUUCUUCUUGAUGCUCCAUGUAGUGGGAUGGGACAGAGACCAAACAUGGCUUAUUCCUCAACUUUAAAGGAAGUGACCUCUUACCAGCCACUUCAGCGCAAGCUUUUCACUGUGGCAGUGAAAUUGCUGAAGCCAGGAGGUAUUUUAGUGUAUAGUACAUGUACGAUUACACUCUCUGAAAAUGAGGAGCAAGUUGCGUGGGCCUUGAAAACUUUUCCUUGUCUCCAGCUUCAGCCACAGGAACCUCACGUUGGAGGAGAAGGCAUGAGGGGUGCUGGACUGUCACUUGAUCAGUUGAAGCUGCUGCAGAGAUUUGAUCCAUCUGCUGUGACGUUGCAAGGAAUGGAUAUUAAUUCUUUGGAAGAUUCCAGGGAAGAUGAUCUGAUUUCACUGGCAAACAAGGACUGUAUAGGAUUUUUUAUUGCAAAAUUUAUUAAAUUGAACAGUAAAUAAGCAGUUAGGAAUGCAACCUGAAAAAAACACCUCUGUGAGUCUAAGAACAAUUUGGAGGUGAAGUGUUUCUCCUGCUCCAACGUUGCUGAGGCAACGGGCUGACGGCAGGGUUGCUAUGGCAGCCAGAAAAUCUGCCAGCUGUUCUGCUGGGAAAGAGCCACAGGUUGCAGAGAGAAAGUCAUGGCUGGGGGAAGGGUAGGAUCACUUGCACAUCUCCAUUUCCUUUUGUAUUGACAGCAGAUCAGUGCACGAAUGACAAGUGUGUUCACUUGUGCUGCUGUCUGGUCUGUCUUUCCUCAUGUGAGUCGAUUGUCUAGUGCAGCAAGCAUAGGAACAGGGUUUCGCUGGGAGGGGUGUAAGCCACAUCAUGAAAUGCAAACAUAAUAUUUGGAACUAUUAUCAUGAAUUUUGGAAAAGGUAGUUUCUAUGGAGGUUUACCAAUAGUUAAUGUUUCAUUAAAUAGUGCUUCAUGAAACACUGUAACUUUUUACAAAUAACUUUUAUAAAUUGAUACUUAGAACCUCAUUUCUCUUUUAUUUUAAUACAGGCAAGAUUCUCUGUACACAUAGUAUAUACACAAAAUACGAUCAGGCUUUGUAGCAUGUCUUUUAUAGCAGCAUGAAUAUAUUAAACCAUCUCACUCUGGGAAUGUAAAUAAAUAUUGUUUCAACAUCAAA